UUGAAAGUAUCGCAAAGACUAAGUACACAAACAGCAUGUGAAUAUUUGCCUAACUGGGUGCCAAGCCAACAAACUGUCUACUGGAGUUCUCGCCCAACAAUGGAAUUCAAGUCAAUAUGUGGAUGGAAAAGAAAACAUUUCUAAUUAAACAGGCCCAAGAAUUAAUCCAAAAAAGCUGUCUGCUGUUGUACAGAGCUAUAAAUGGGGUUUAACAGAUACCGUCUCAGCACAUUUCCUCAACAUCUCCCAAGGAACCACGUCCAAAAUGAAGCUCCUCGCACUCACAUUGCUGGUCGUCGUGGCCACUUGCCUGUACUCCGUUAAUGGCGCCACUUCCGGUUCAACAGCUGCUUCUAGUGGAUCUGCUUCUGCCAGUUCAAGUGAAUCAGGAUCAGGAUCGGGAUCAGGAUCGGGAUCAGGAACAGGAACUGGAACGACUACGACCACCACGACCACGUUGGCUCCUACGACCACCACUACCACAACCGAUGCUCCAGUGACCCACAAGAGAGUCCAUCGCCGAAGGCGCCGCAUCAUCAUCCGGAGAAUCCACAGACGCGCAGCCGAGAGGAGGCGUGGCUAGAAUUUGGCAGAGAAUCGUUUUGUUUAAUAAUUCUAAGGACACCAGUGGGACUCGAACACGGUCCUUUGUUACCACCCGACAAAUUUCAAAAUAAUAAAAUAUGUAUAUC